AAGACCCUGAGCCAGGAGUCAUGACAACCAAACCCAAGCUCUGCUACUUCCGUGGCAGGGGCCGGAUGGAGUCAAUCCGCUGGCUGCUGGCUGCAGCUGGAGUGGAGUUUGAAGAAGAGUUUAUUGAAACAAGAGAACAAUAUGAGAAGUUGCAGAAGGAGGGACUCCUGCUAUUUGGGCAAGUGCCUAUGGUUGAAAUUGAUGGAAUGGUGCUGACACAGACUAGAGCCAUCCUCAGCUACCUUGCUGCCAAGUACGACUCGUAUGGGAAGGACCUGAAGGAGACAGUCAGGAUCAACAUGUACGCUGACGGCACCCUGGACCUCAUGAUGAUGAUCGCGCUGGCUGCGUUCAAACCUCCUGAGGAAAAAGAGGAGAAUCUUACUUUAAUCGUGAAGAAAGCUAAAACCCGUUACUUCCCAGUCUUUGAAAAGAUUUUGAAUGACCGCGGAGAGGAUUUUCUUGUUGGCAACAAAUUCAGCUGGGCAGACAUACAACUGCUGGAGGUUAUUUUAAUGGUGGAAGAACUCGAUGCUUCUGUUCUUGCUGACUUCCCUCUGCUGAAGGCAUUUGAAGCAAGAAUCAGCAACAUCCCUACAAUUAGAAAGUUCCUGCAGCCUGGGAGUCCGAGGAAGCUGGAAGCUGCCCCCAGAUAGCCACUAUGUGGAGGUGGUCAGGAGCAUCCUGCAGUUCUGAUGAAAGCACGUCCUACACUGGCGUCCGAACAGGCCGCUGCAAACCAAAGCAACCUGUAGGUUCUAGGAGGAAAGUGUCUGAAAAGAACAAAACCACACUAUGAACAGUAAACACUGAUUAAAUGCAAUAUGAGACCAUU